UUCCGAAGGGAUGCACAUGUAGGCACUUGGAGUGAUAGUCCAUCAGUGCCUGAUUGCAGCCACUGUUGUCUACCUGGAGUAGCUGAUAUGUGGAAUGAAAUUCUCGUCAUAUUUGAUGUCCAAGGAUGAGCUAGCUGUUCCUUGAGAAUGUAAGUUAACAAGUUGAUGGGAAUUAGAUGGAUGGCUUGAAGUUUAAACCAGUUGAUGCUUUGUUUGUAGUAAAAGGGAAGACAAAAGGAGAGAAAACAAAACGAAUGAACAUUGAGCUUAACUUAACGUUUCCACUGCAAUCAAGAGAAUUAUUGGAGGAAUAAAGAAAGGAAAAGGUCCAAAACAAUAAUGGAAAUGUCCAUUGGUAUAGAAAUAAGCUUCAGAACAAAAAGGAGAGGAAUUGGAAUCGAAGAAGUGUUUUCCAAUGCAAACAACCAUUUCUCCACAAAUCUUAGAAUGAGAGUCAAGUCAUUUAGAAACUUGUUUUAGAUUUUAACUCUAAAAAAUUAUGCACACCCUCACUACAAAUACACACCAGCUGCAUAAUCCAACCCAACCAUUCAAAAUAUCUGUGCUAUACCUUCACAUGGCUUCUUCCAAUAACUAUUACUUCCCAUAUCUCUCUCCUCCCCCACCAAGUCACCCUUUCCAGCCACCACCUCACGUACGUCCACCACCACCACCACCUCCACCUCAUGUUCGCCCACCUCCACCCCAUGCACUCCCACCUCCACCCCCACUGCCACCUGCACCAUCACCAAGCAAUAACACCACAGUUAUAGUCAUUGUGUUCGUCUCAGUUGGUUGCCUUUUCUUCCUUGCAUUUCUUGCAGCUGCUUUGUGUUGCUUCCUUAAGAAAAAGAAGAAGAAAAAGGAAGUUAAAGAAACUGAUCUUGUUCACGUGGAUGAACAUUUUAAGAUGAAAGAGGCCAUUGUAGAAGGACCUCAUGGGCCACAAGUUGUAAUGCUAGAGAUUGAGGAUGAUGUUCAUGUUGAUAAGGUGAUCAAGAAGGACGAGAAAUUGGGCAAAGGUUUACAUGCCAAAUCUGUGGACGGUAGUGCAAUUGAGGUUGGGGCACCCUCCUCUUCCUCUUCCAAUCAUCCGCAGAUUGAUCACAAGGCCUGAUCCAUAGUUCAUUGUUAUUAUUAUUAUUAUUAUUAUUAUUGUUCCAUUAUUUGUUAAUUAAUUUCCUGUGAUCGUUGAUGUUGUCCAUUUGAAAAGAUUGAAUGAAAUAAAAUCUGUAUAAAACCAAGAGUUAGCAAUUUGUGCAACUCAAUCUAAAAAAUAAAAACAAUUAAUGAUAAUAAACAUUACAUCUUUUUCAGUUUAA